CUGAACGUUACGUGCAUCCUCACCACAGGGCUGCCUUGCCGCCCCGCCAUGAACGCCCCACGCUGUCCAACCGCCAACCUCUUCCAUCGACGUCCCAAUCACGACCUCUAGUCGACAAUCAAUACACAAAGACUGAGGGCCAUUGCCACGUCCAGUUUGUCGCCAUGGAUCGCACAUCAGCAGCCUCGAAUCUUAUGGAUACACACAACCGCCUAGUUGCGGACAUCCUCACCCGUUACAGAAGUCUUAUGAUGCUCGCCACAAAUCAAGCAGAGGGUGGCCGAAAUAAUGCCAACCCAGAGACAGUAUCUGUCACCGGUAUUUCUAUGCAAAUGGAGUUUGAUGGCCUAAAUUCUUCCAUGAAGGAACUCUUAACUCUGUCACGUAGGAUUAAAGAGUUAUGGGUAUUCGGGCCAUUGGGCCAGGAGGACACAGAUAGAAAGGUCCAAGAAGACCAGAUCGAGCGCGACGUCGCCCAGGUAUCGGGCCUGCUCAACACGGUGGAUGCCAUGAGAAUGAAGGCUCUCGCAGAGGCAAACGGUGGGCAAUGGUCUGCGCUGACAAAGGAAGAAAGCGCUGCCCUGAUGGCACAAACGGGACGCAAAGCUUAGCAUUAUUUUGUUCAUCACCAUCGGAGUUUUAGGAGUUUACGGAAUGCUGCGGUUUUUUUGGUACUCAAAAAGGAAACAUGACUUUUUUUCAUCUAUAUAUAAAACUCCAGUUGUUAAAUAUGUUACAAAGGGGAAUGAUCGUCUAACCCUGUCCACCAUCGGGAUCCUCUUCAUCCUCAUCGCCAAGCUGUUUGCUGACAUCCUCUUCCGACUUGCCGGUCUCGUUUGGCGCAAUCACGGCAGCCUUGAGGCCACCAGCGGUCAACCACAAGAAGUGGUUUGACUUGAACUGAUCAAUCUGGUUGAAAAAGG